AGGAUCGGCAUGGAUCUAUGCAGGCCUACCCUUUGCUUCAUGUCUUCUGUCAUUAUUUUUCUCAUCAUAACACAAUCCGUUCCUUCGGCUUCACAGGAAGUUGAGGAUGAGAGAGAAUUUGAUUAUUUGGAAGACAGUGAAAGGGGGCCAAAGCACUGGGGCGAGCUCUAUCCCGAAUGGAGGGCUUGUAGCAAUGGGGAUAUGCAGUCUCCCAUUGACCUGCUUCACGAAAGGGUGGAGGUUCUGCCAAAUUUGGGGCGAUUACAGAGAAAAUAUAAGCCCGCUAAAGCAAUCCUAAAGAACAGAGGCCAUGAUAUAAUGCUUAAGUGGGGGAAAAGUGGAGCUGGAACACUUGAAAUAAACCAAACGGAGUAUGUUCUGAAGCAAUGUCAUUGGCAUUCACCCUCCGAGCACACUUUCAAUGGUUCAAGAUACCAUUUAGAGGUGCACUUGGUUCACCAAAGCAAAGAUGGGAAGAAUGCGGUGGUUGGGAUUACCUAUAAAAUUGGCAGACCUGAUACCUUUCUUAAGGAGCUCAUGGGUAAUAUAUCAUCUAUUGCGGAUUCUAAAAAUGCUGAAGCACAAGUGGGCGUGGUGGAUCCAAGGCACAUAAAGAUGGGUAGUAGAAAGUAUUACAGAUAUAUGGGCUCUCUUACCACUCCACCAUGCACACAAGGCGUUGCAUGGAAUAUAGUCAAGAAGGUGAGGACGGUCUCUAGAGAGCAGCUGAGGCUCUUGAGGGCUGCGGUUCAUGAUGAAGCUGAGGCGAACGCGAGGCCAACGCAGCCCAUCAACAAACGAGUUGUUGACCUCUACACUCCAAGGCGUCUUUCACCUGCUCUCCAUUUUUUACUUUAACAUAUACCAACAUUGAAGAAGUACCCUUCAAUUUCUUUUGUUCAUUCUUUUAGGGCAUGUAAUUUAUUUGUUACUUGGACAAUAAACAUUAUACUAGA